AGCUUGAAAUGACCGAACCAGUCGUUGUAACCUCUUGCGGACAUUUGCGAGGCUCUAUUGAAAAAAGUGUUGAGGGUUUUGAGUAUUAUGCAUUCAAAGGAGUACCGUAUGCCAAACCACCAAUUGGCGAACUUAGAUUUCAGGAUCCUCAGCCACCAGAAGCAUGGGUAGGUACGAGAGAUGCAACCAUUUUUGGAUCGCCUUGCGCUCAAUUCGAUCAAUUUAAACAAUCAUAUGUAGGAUCUGAUGAUUGCUUAUACUUAAAUAUUUACGUCAAAUCUAUUACGCCUAAUUUAAAUCUUCCGGUUAUGAUGUGGAUUCAUGGAGGUGCAUUCAGUUUUGGUUCUGGGGACGAUGAACUUUAUGGUCCUGAUUAUUUACUGAGAAAAGAUAUUGUUUUGGUGACGAUUAAUUAUAGACUUGGUGUAUUUGGUUUUUUGAAUUUGGAAGAUGAAAUUAUGCCAGGAAAUCAAGGUAUGAAAGAUCAAGUUAUGGCUUUGAGAUGGAUUCAACAAAAUAUUGCAAUCUAUGGAGGAGAUCCAAAUAAUGUGACUCUUUUUGGGGAAAGUUCGGGAGCAGCGUGUGUUCACUAUCUGGCAUUAUCACCAAUGACAAAAGGACUUCUACAUAAGAUUAUAUGCCAAAGUGGUGUAGCUAUUAACACAUGGGCAUCGUUACCAAACCCGAAACAAUAUGCAUAUGCCUUAUGUAAAACAUUAGGCUACGAGACAAAUAAAUCUGAAGAAAUCGUUAAAUAUUUAAGAACAAUCGAUCAUUUCAAACUAGUUAAAAUGCAAGAGAAAUUACGAAGCAUAGAGGAAAAGAUGCAAUUACUAUAUCCUUUCGGGCCAGCAAUGGAUGUUAAAUCGGCGAAUCCAUUUAUGCCAAUACCUAUAUCAGAAGCUAUUCAGAGAGGAUUGAAUAUACCUGUCCUCUUAGGAUAUAAUAACCGGGAAGGAAUAUACUCUUUAGCAACACUUCAAAACGCUAAAAUGAGGGAUGUUGACAAGAAUUUUAACAAUUAUAUGCAUCCUAAUUUGUUAAGCUUUUUACAAAAAAAUAAUUUAACAUCAUAUAAUUUAAGGGAAAUAUAUAAUUGCGCACAAUUAACUGAACAGAAUUAUUCAAAUAAAUUAAUCGAUUUGAUGGGGGAUAUGUAUAUUAGUUUAGGCUGUCACAUAACCAUAAAAUUUCUUAUCUUACAAAAUUUGGCGCCAAUAUAUUUUUAUAAAUUCAGUUAUGAUAAAGGCCUCUCGUUAACAAAACUUAUGGUGCAAACAUCACUUAAAGGUGCUUCUCAUUUUGACGAAGUUCCAUACUUAUUUUAUAUGCGCUAUUUUGAUACAUUGGGUAUUGAUCACCUGCAGAGGGGUACCAAUAGUUAUAAAGUAAUGGAACAAAUGAUAGAAAUGUGGACAAAUUUUGCAAAAAAUGGGAUGCCCACAUCAACUAUAUCUAAUCUAAUUUCUGAAAAAUGGACACGUGUGACUAAUCCUAUUCAUCUGUCUUAUAUGAAUAUUGAUACAAAAUUAAGUAUGAACAAUACAAUUAACAUUGAGCAGCAUCUGUGUAGUGGUUAAAAAAUUACAAAUGAAUGUAUUAAUAAUAUACCAAGUUUUGAGAUGGAAAAAUAUUGUGGUUUGGAC